AUGGGGGAAAAUCAGAAAUUUGCCAUUAAGGCAACAGCACAAGCCAGCGAAGAUAGCGAUAAUAAGCGGCGCACUGCACCGAAGGUUCCUGAUCAAUUUGCUGAUGAGAGUUUUAAAUUGUUUUCCAAGAUCCAGGUCACAGAUCCUACUCCCGAGGAAGCAAGACGGAUUCGAAAUAAAUGCUUAUGGCGCAUUCUGCCAUUUCUGUGCAUUGGAUAUCAUCUGAUGUAUGUUGACAAGCAAACUCUUGGAAGUUCCGCCAUUCUCGGAAUUAUGACAGACGCCCAUCUCAACUCAAAUCAAUACAAUUGGCUUUCGUCUAUCUUUUACUUCGGUUAUCUGCUAGCUGAGUGGCCCCAGAAUUGGGCUUUGCAAAGGUUUCCUGUGGGAAAAUGGCUCGCUGGAAAUUUAAUAGUGUGGGGUGGGAUCACUCUGCUGCAUAUCCCAUGCAAUAGUUUUGCCUCAUUGUUCGUGGUUCGAUUCUUCCUUGGGGUAGCAGAAGCAUCUAUCGUGCCGGCAUUCCUCCUUUCCAUGUCCAUGUUUUUCACGUAUGACGAACAGGCUGUGUUGAUGCCGGUCAUGUGGUCAAUCGGCAAUGCAAGCCCUAUCACCUCAGGUUUGUUGUCUUAUGGUGUUUUGUGGAUUGAUACAGGCAGCUUCUCUCCUUGGAAGUGGUUUAUGGUUAUCACCGGUGUGCUCACAGUCAUAUUUGCUGGUUGUGUCUAUUUUCUCUUCCCGGACAGUCCUCUCCAUGCCAAAUUCUUGACUUACGAGGAGCGGGGACUAGCAAUCUUGCGGAUCAAAAAGAAUCAUUCCGGGAUAGAGCAGAAGCUGUUCAAGAGAUAUCAGUUUAUCGAAGCUAUCCAAGAUCCAAAGACAUGGCUAUUCUUUCUACAUGCCUGGUCACAGGAAAUGGCGAACGGAAUAACAAAUCAAUACUCACUGAUUAUCAAUUCGUUUGGCUUCACCGUUCUCCAAACAACACUAUUGGGAACUGUGACCGGUAUAGUAUCAUUCUUUUCCCUUGCAUCGGCGGCCACAACAUUAUACCACACCAAGAAUUUUCGAGCAUGGAUUUCACUUAUCGCAUAUAUCCCAGCAGGCCUGUCAAGUAUUCUAUUGUUAGCCUUGCCCUGGACCAACCGAUGGGGUCUCAUUGCUGGAAUCUGGAUUCGAUCCACAGCCGGCAUCCCAUAUGCAGUUGUGAUGAUCUGGGCUGCAAAUGCAUCAGCGGGUCAUACAAAGAAAACUACCGUCAUUGCGCUGUAUCAUAUUGGUUACGGACUAGGAAAUAUUAUCUCUCCACAGCUGUUCCGACCAGAAUGGAAGCCUCGAUACAGACCAACAUGGGUAAUCUUGCUUGUGGUCGCUGCAAUUCUUCCAUCGCUUGUUAUCAUCUCUCUCAGGGUAUAUCUGAGCCGGGAGAAUACACGUCGUGACAAGCUUGAGGAAGUCAACCAGGUUACUAGCAAUGGUAUCAUUGAGACGGUCGAUUCGGAGGGUGGUACUGUGACUCGUGUUGUGGAUAAUACUCAGUUGGAUCUCACUGAUAGGGAGAACUUGAAGUUUCGAUAUGUACUUUGA